AGAACGUGUGUAUAAUCAAGAUGGGCGGGGCAGACCUGAGGACUAGGGUUUAAAGUAGGAUGUGUCAUGCUGUCGCCAAGCAGACGACGUAUCAAUCAACAUGAUUCCCAUUGUUCUGGCCUCAGUGCUCAUCGCUAGCGCCUUCGGGUGCGGCACCCCUCCUAUUGAGCCUCUGACCACCCGUGUGGUCAAUGGAGUGGACGCCAAGCCUCACAGCUGGCCCUGGCAGAUCUCUCUGCAGUAUGAGAGGGACGGUGAGUGGAGACACACCUGUGGAGGAUCUCUGAUUGCCACCAACUGGGUCAUGACCGCUGCGCACUGUAUCAACCUCAACCUGUCCUACAGAGUAUUCGUUGGAAAGCACAACCUGGUUGAGACUGAGGAAGGCUCCCAGGCCAUCAUCCCUGAGAAGCUUGUUGUCCAUGAGAAGUGGAACCCCAUCUUUGUGGCCUUCGGAAAUGACAUUGCCCUGAUCAAGUUGUCUGAGCAUGUGACCUUGACUGACCAUGUGCAGCUUGGCUGUAUCCCUGCUGCUGGCACUGUGUUGGACAACCAGUACCCCUGUUACAUCACUGGCUGGGGAAGGGUCUACACCGGAGGCCCCAUUGCUGAUAACCUGCAGCAGGCUCUGAUGCCUGUGGUGGACCACGCCACCUGCUCCAAGCCCGACUGGUGGGGCAUUGCUCUCAGGACCACCAUGGUGUGUGCCGGAGGAGAUGGCAUUGUCGCUGGCUGCAACGGUGACUCUGGUGGGCCCCUGAACUGCAAGAACCCAGAGGGAGUAUGGGAGGUCCAUGGUAUUGCCAGCUUUGUUUCUGGUCUGGGCUGCAACUACGCGAAGAAGCCCACCGUCUUCACCCGCGUCUCCAACUUCAAUGACUGGAUCGACCAGGCUAUGAUGAGCAACUAGAGUGGAGCAGAAUGGGGAAUUGAGUCCAAUAAAAAAGGACUCAGCAAAAUGGCUUUGUGAUGUAUUUUAUGUUCAUGCCACAAGAUGUCCUCAGUCACUCAAGAUAAAGAGAAGGGAUUUCCAUAAGAUGUUUCCUUUGUUGGAGUUCUAUCUAUACAUGUAUCUCCAUACAUUCAGUACUUGAUCAAUCAUUUUGCCAUUCUGAUUUGUCAUGCCGUGUACCUAAUAUUUGCUAAUAGGAGCGUUUUGAGACAUUCUACUUGAGAAUGUGUGAGGAUGAUAUCCUUCCAAUAAAAUGUGGUCUUAUUUUUA